AUUACAAAAUUUGAUGGUACAUCAGCAUGAGCGUUUGUAUUGUUGCAAAGCAGUAGGUGGAAAUAGCAGGUACAGGGGAGAAUACGGAUGUCAAAACUUUAUUGAUUAGAGGCUGUUGCACCAUAAUUUGAUGGACUUCCAUUCAGUUACAACUUUCUGUGAAUCAAUCAAUAAAUGAAUCCAGCUAAAUUGGAGCAACCUUCUCUCAUGAAUGUAAGAUACAAGUUUUUUUGCCAAGGAUUGGAACAUUUUAUAUUGGCAACAUUAUAUUAUUUCCUGAAUUAAUAUGGAAGACACAGUUCAGCGAAAAGAAACAGUGACUGAAUACAUGAUCGCGUAAUGAAAAGGGGUACAUUUUGAGGAUAUAUGUAGCAGUUCAAACAUUGUCAACAUUUCAGGUUAUUAUUUCAAUUGAAAACAUACAAGAUACUGCAACAAGCUGACUCUGCGCACAACCUGCAUAGCUACAGAAAUAUCUGCAAAUAUGGAGACAACACCAGGACUCAAUUACAGCCUCCUGAUGGACAACAUCGCUGAAAAUGGCACACAGAAAGUUAUUUCAGUAUAUGAGCUGUAUGGAUACUUCAACGUUAUUAUUGUGGCAACACUAUUUUCUGUGAUUGCUUUUGUAGGACUUACAGGAAAUACCAUGGUCUUCAUAGCUGUUGGAUUAUCUCGCAAACUACAUAACAUCACCAAUGCUUUCAUCGUUAACCUUGGUAUCUGUGAUUUUAUAUCUUGUGCUAUCCUGCCCUUCCAUGCUGUUGCUGUGAUAUCAGAGGAUGGAUGGCCUCUUGCAGAUUGGUUCUGUUCAUUUAUUGCAUCUUUGUCUAUCAUCACUCAAACGGCUGGUAUCUUGAACCUCACCCUGAUAAGUCUUAAUAGAUACAUCUUGAUCACCAAGCCUCGGCAGUUCUACAUGAAGGUGUAUACCCAUCACAAGGUUGCCUGGAUGAUUGUCUUUACAUGGCUCUUCCCAUUCUUCUUUCUACUUGUGCCACAGUUCUUUCUUGGUGGAUUGGGUUACCAAGACCUGUUCCGGAUCUGCAUCUGGGACUCGCGCCACAAGUUUGCUCUCAUAUUCCAGGGAAUUGGCGCCCUUGCUUUCAUCGUCUCCACUAUUCUAAUCAUUUUCUCCUAUGUCUCCAUCUUCCUCUUUGUCCGACGACACAUGCGCAUGAUGGCCAACAAAGAAGAUGGCUGCGAAGGAUCAGUAGAAAUUGUUGAAGAGGAGAGCGCUCUUAAUGAUAACACAGUUGUCAAAACAAUCAAAUCACAAAGAACAAACAAGAAGAAAACAAUCAGUAAGAAACAAAUUGAUAUCACGAAGAACCUCUGUGUAGUAGUUGUGGCUUUCUUCAUCUGUAUCUUGCCUUACACCAUCCACCUUCCCACAGGAAUCUACGAUAUGAGAGGCACAUACUUUGCACUGUUAUUCAUGGCCAAUGCUUGCAUAAAUCCUAUUCUUUAUGCAGUGAAGCAUCCACAUUUCAAGAUUAUCUUCAGCUGCAUGUUCAGAUGCAAUUAUUCAGAUAUUCCCAUGCCCACAAUGGGACUGAAGAAACUUAUGAGAACUGCAAAUUCAGCAUCAGCAUACAGCAGCACUGAUGGUAGAUUUGCCUGAGUAGCAGAUGUGAUGUGACAAAUUCCCUAGCUUCUUGCAUCAUGAUGUAACUAAAAUAAAUAAGUUUCAUGUCUUAAGUCUAUGGAUAUGAAAUGAUAUUGAAACUACUGAUCUAUUAAUGGGUUUAUACCAACUGUCUAAUAUUCUGGAGAUGAAUCAAGUGACAUUACUUGUGAGUUUGUAAUAGCAAGUGGUCAGACUAAGUCAGUCAUCUGCAGAUUAGUCAGAUAUGAGUGGUAGAUGUGAUGUGACAAAUCCCCUAGCUUCUUGCAUCUUGAUGUAACUAAUUUGAAAAUAAGUUUCAUGUCUAAAGUCUAUGGACAUGAAACGAUAAUGGAACUAUUGGCAAUUUAAUGGUUUUCUAAAACCAACUACCUAAUAUUCUGCAGAUAUAUCCUGUGACAUCGCUUGUCAGUGACUUGGUCAUAGUAAAUGGUCAGACUAACUCAGUCAUCUACAGAUUAGUCAGUCUACAUAAGCAGUCAUUUUGUGAGUCAGUAAGCAGCUAAUAGUCGGACUGUAAUAUUGAGUUUUUGAAAGUGCUCUUGGUAUCAAUUAGAAAAUCAGGUUUGCAAGAUCUGUACCUUGCAUCUUUUUGCAUAUGUGGCCUUUUGAUAGUGUAUAUAAUGCAUGCAGUUUGAUAUUAAGGAAAUGAAAAAGAGAAGGCAUUAUUUCUGUGUUUUCUUGAAUUUGCUUUGCUUUGAUAAAAAGCAUUUGCUUUUCUGAGAUGACAUGUAUACAUGUAUUUCCUUUGUUAUAAUUUACAAUUUCAUUUGGAUAAUCAAUGUCAUAUGUGACCCAGCACCAUAAAACCAACAAAAAGUCGCACUGUGUGGUUUCCAAUUGGAGCCAAUUAAGAGUAGUUUGGUCUGAAUGUUCUAAUAUCAGAUUUUGGUGUUUUCUGAAAGAGUAUACUCUCCCCUAUUUACUGUAAAAAUUUGGGUGUACCAAUCAAACCUUAAUUUUUAGUGUUUUCACUAUACCUAUUUUUAUCUUUUUUUUGCUAAAUUUAAUCAUGUUUUGUUUUCAAGAAAACCAGAAUAUUCAUCUCUCUUUAAACUUCUAUAAAUUUAAAACAGGAUAAGUUCUAAUAUAAAUUCAAACUAAUGGACAGGAUGCACCUAAUUAGUGUGUGAACUUUGGGGGCAAUCUGAUAAUUCCUUCUAUUGAUCUUCCUUUUAUCUACAAUACACAAUACUAGUAGCGGAAGAGUAAGUGUUCUUCAAUAGACUAGUUUUUAAUCCCCCUUUUCUGAAAAGGAGUGUUCCAUGGUAGUGAACAUUCUCCUCUUACUUGAGGGGGUUAUGAUCAAUCUUUGUCAAUGAGUUAUUUAUCAUUAUAAAGCUUAAAAUCUCCUCUUUCAGAAGGGCUAUUAAACUAGAAUUUCAUUCCUUGUGAUUUUUUGUGAGUUUUGUGGUGCCUGGUCACAUAUAUUUACCAAGUCUUGUUCACAAACAUUGUCUUAGAUACAUAUUAUUUUUUUAAACUCUCAGGAAUCAAGUAUUAAUGACACAUCUAAAAUCAAAUAUCACAUUUUCCUAUUCAAAUGAAAUGAACUUUUACCCAGCAUUAUGGACAUUUUUUGUAAAUAUCAAUAAAAUGAAAGUUAUUGCAGAUAAUAGAAUAAAGAAUAUAAAUACAGUGAAAAUAUUUGCUUGUGGUAAAGUAUUCUUAUAUCUUACUGUUCAAUUUAAAUAGGUUUGCUAAAGUACCUGAAGAUUUGUACAUUAAUUGCCUACAAUGUGCAAAAAUUUACAUACACUGUUAAAAAAACUGUGAUUUUACAGAAAAAAAAUAAGAUUUUGCAGAAAGCAAUAACAAAAUCAUUCUGUAAAUUCAUAAAACAGGAAUUUUUCUGCAAUUUAACAGAACAGGUCUGUUUAAAAAGGGGAAAAGGCUGUUUUAUUCAAGGAAAUUUGUAAGAUUCCAUACACCAAAUACCAAUUUCCUGUAAGAUUACGCAAUCUGGUAAGAUUACAGGUGUUCUAGAGACUCAGCUGCAGAAACUUCUUUUAUUUUAAGGAUAAAUUUUCUAACAGUGUAGUAUAUACCAUUUUAGAUAAAAAGCCCCUCCAUUUUUGUGGAUAAUUGAGUAAAUAGAACCAUAUUUUACUCAUUUUCAUUGCAUUGACAAACUUCAUAUUAGUUACUUAAUAUGCAUUACGAAAAUACACCGUUUGGGGUUUCACCGCUGUUGGGGUCGCCAACUGCGGUAAUAGACCCCAUUUUUCGUUUGAAACUCUCAUUUCUCAUUUGAACAUUUCCAAGCCCCGAUAAACCCAUCUUGGCCAGGUAAUCCCCGUUGUCUCAAUUUCACCUCCACUGGCCAGUAAAGCCAAGGACGAAAUGAUAAACAACAGCUGUGCUAUUACGUAAGACUUCUCUGCCUGAAGAAGGAACUUCGGAAUUAAAUUAUUGUCUUCGAUAUUU